AUGUUUGAGCGCACGCUGCAGGAUUUAAUCCGCGGCCUGCGUGCGCAUAAGGCGUCGUCGCGCGCGCAGGAAGAGGCGUUCCUCGCCGAGGCAAUGGGCGAGAUCCGCACCGAGCUCCGCGGCAAGGACAUGAGCCUAAAGGCCGAGGCCGUGCUCAAGAUGUGCUACCUCAUGAUGCUCUACCCCAUACCGCCGCCGACCGGGUUUGCGUUCCAUGUCGUCGAGGUCAUGAGCUCGCCUCGGUAUCACCAGAAGCAACUGGGCUACAUGGCGGCUCCGAUGGCGUUCACUGGCGAGACGGAAGAGGUGGUCCUUACCGUCAACGGAAUCAAGAAGGACCUGCUGAGCCCGCAUCUCCCGAUCCCACCACUGCCGCUGAGCUCGGUAGCCCAUCUCCUUGGCCUCUCCCCCUCACUAGCCCACACGCUCCACCCCGACCUCCUGCAACUCCUCACACAUUCGAGCGCACGUAUCCGCAAACGCGCAGUCCUCUGCCUCCUCCCGUGUUGGGAGGCGUAUCCCGACGGACUGCGCGAGGGCUUCCCCCGCGUCCGAGAGCGCCUUCUCGACGAGGACCAGGGCGUCGUCGGCGCCACCGUCAAUGUCGUCAUGGAGCUCGCGCGACGGCAGGGGGGGAAGAAUUACGUGCCACUAGCACCAGAGCUGUUCACCAUCCUCACGAGCUCGAGCAACAACUGGAUGCUCAUCAAGGUCGUCAAGCUCUUCGCCAUCCUCACGCCUCUGGAGCCACGCCUCGUGCGCAAGCUCCUUCCUCCACUUACGAGCUUGAUCUCGUCCACGUCCGCUAUCUCGCUGCUGUACGAGUGCGUGCGCACAUGUAUUGUGGGCGGCAUGCUCGACCCCGAUAGACCUGAGGGCGACGCACUUGCGCGCGUCUGCGUCGACAAGUUGGGCGGAUAUCUCCGCGACGAGGGUGGCGACCAGAACCUCCGCUAUAUCGCGUUGCUGGCCAUGGUUAACAUCACGCCGACGCACCCCCACAUGGUCGCCGAGUACCAGGACGAGAUCAUGAAGAGCCUCGACGACGCCGACCUGUCGAUUCGUAUGCGCGCUCUUGAACUCAUCACCGCAAUGGUGGAUCGCGAUAAUAUCCAGCCUAUUGUCGAUCAGCUCCUCACACACCUCGCCCCACCAGAAGAACCAGUACAUCAGUCCGCGGUUAGCGCCCUCGCUGCAUUGGCGGCGAAGACGAACGGCGCCAGCAGCGAUCCGGCAGUGACUGCGCAGAACAUUUCCUUCUCGCACAGCUACAGGUUGCUCUUGACGCAGCGGCUGCUGGACAUGAUCUCGCGCGACACGUACGCCCACGUCACUGACUUUGAGUGGGUUGUCUCUGUGCUCGUCGACGUAGCGUAUGUCUCCCACGUCGACCUUGGGUCGCGAAUCAGGGACAUGCUUCUCGACGUCGUGGGCCGUGUCAAGAGCGUGCGAGGGUACGCAGUGCGGGUUCUGGAGAAGGCGGUAGGGGACGACGAUAUGCGCGACCGCGCAAACGAGAGAUUGUCCAGCUGCGAGGCGGGCUUGCUCGAGGCCGCCGUCUGGAUCUGCGGCGAGUACGCCGGCGAGCUCACGUCUCCCCUCAGCGCAAUGUCCAACAUCCUACCACCGUCACUACCCCGCAGCGCUCCCACGCUCGCGGUGCUCUCCGUUCAGGCUGAGGCCAAGGUGUUCGGGCACUACGCGGCACGCGCGUCGGAAGAAUGGUCGACUGAGAAGCACGCCGAGGCGAAGAAUGUCGUUGCGAGCGUACGCAAGGGGCUCUUGCCAUUCCUCUCGUCGCGAGACAUCGACAUCCAGGAGCGCGCAGUCGAGUUCACACAACUCCUUGGGUUUGUCGACGCCGAUUUGGCAAAGCACGUGCCUCCAUCGAGCGCGUCGUCGGGGAUUCCAGGAGUUGACGGUGGUUUCGAGUCUGAAUCCAAAGACGGCGAGCCACCAUAUCCCAAGUCGCUCUUCCUCUUCCAGCCACUCUUCACAAACCAUGAACUCAACUCGGUCGGCUACCGUGCACAGGAGGCUGUUCGCAUCCCAGAGGGCCUGGAUCUCGAUGCGGAGAUCGUGCCUCGUGGGGGAUUCCUCGAGAUUGAGGAGGACGCUGCGUCCGAGGCCGGGGAGGAGGAGGCCGAGGCCGAUCUCGGUACGGGCGGCGGUGCGGGCAUGGACGAGCUCCGUCGCGUGCUUCGGGACCAGGAGCGCUCGAGGCGUGGGAAGAAGAAGAAGAGCGAGAUGACACCAGAGGAGAGAACCGAGCGGCGGAAGCGCAAGGCAGCACGACGCGAACGGGCCAAGAACGACCCGUACUACCUGUAUGACGAGAAGGACGCGGACGCUGAGGACGAUGUUGACGACAUCCCGAUCGUGCGCCUUGACGACGACCUUGACGCGGCAGGCCCAUCGAGCCCACCGAAAAAGUCGAAGACCAAAGAAAUGCGCAAGCCCGCCGCCCCACCACCGGACUUUGACCGCGCCGGCGAGAUGCCUGAGGGCGCUGCGCCAGCAGAACGAGCGUCUGCCGCGGCGACCAAGUCUGGGCUCGCUGCUGUCGACCUCUCCUCGAUAGCGGCACCUCGGGGACGGUACGAUGAGUACACUGAGGGUGACGACUUGCCACCGCGCGAGCCUGGUCCGUCACCGCCAGUUGAUGCGGCGCACGGUGCAGACGUGCCGGCUGACGAGGCCGAGGUGAAGGUGAUCAAGCGGAAGAAGAAGAGUAAGAAGCCACGAGCACCUGCGUGA